GGCGAGUCGAGCAGGAAGAACACCCAAAAAAAAAAAAAAAUAGUUGUGGUCUCAAAGGUUUAUUCCGCCGGUGGGCUCCUCGCGUCAAGAGAUCCGGCUUGACCGAGCGACCACAACAACAUGGCCAGUGAAGUGGAAGAUGCCACCAUCGUGGCCCACGAAACCCGCCGCGAUGACAAGCGCUUCACCGUCUAUAAGAUUGAGCUCGUCCUUGGCUCGCGCAAAGUCGCCGUCUUUCACCGGUACAGCGAGUUUCGCGAGCUCUACGAACAGCUCAAGGAGGCUUUUCCACGCGAAAAGUUCAAAUUUCCCUCCAAGCGCUUCAUUGGUAAUUUUGACCCAGACUUCAUCAAGACGCGCAAGCGCGGUCUUCACGAGUUUAUUCAACGUGUUGUUAGCGAUCCCAAAAUUGUCACACACCCUGCCGUGCGUGACUUUAUGAUGGCCACGCCACGCCACGGCCGCGGUGGUCAGGGCCCGACUGCAACGGAGCGUGAAGAUGAGGAAGCCCGCAAAGCAGCGGAAGAGGAAGAUGUGGCUGAAGAUGGUGGCCCCAGCCACGAGUUUGACCUUGGUGCCGCUGAGAAUAAGCGGGCCACCGCAGCUGAUUUUGAAAUGCUCAAAGUCAUUGGCAAAGGCAGCUUUGGCAAGGUUUUGCUGGGUAAGCACAAGAAGGAUAACAAGCUCUAUGCCGUGAAGGUUCUCUCCAAGGAUGCCAUUGUCAAGCAGAAUGAAGCCAAGCACGUGAUGAGUGAGCGUAAUGUCUUGCUCGGCAACGUCCAUCACCCCUUUCUCGUCGGUCUACACUUUUCCUUCCAGACUCGCAGCAAACUCUUUUUCAUCCUCGAUUACGUCAACGGCGGUGAAGUCUUCUUUCAUCUUCAAAAGGAGAAACGCUUUGGCCCUCUCCGAGCCCAGUUUUACGCUGCCGAGAUCACUUCGGCCCUUGGUUACUUGCAUUCCCUGAACAUUGUCUACCGCGACCUCAAGCCAGAAAACAUUCUCUUCGAUGCCGACGGCCAUGUCGUCUUGACAGACUUUGGAUUGUGCAAGGAGAAUGUGGAGCCUGGAGGUGUCACCUCCACCUUUUGCGGCACCCCUGAGUAUCUGGCCCCCGAAGUAUUGAAACGGCAGAGCUACGGCCGCCCCGUCGACUGGUGGUGCUUGGGUUGUGUGACAUACGAGAUGAUGUGCGGUCUGCCUCCGUUCUACAGCCGCCAGGUCCAUGAGAUGUACGAACGCAUUUUGCACGACAAGUUGCGUUUCCCGGAGCACGUUCCAAUGAUUGCCCGCCAAUGGCUUGAGGCCUUGCUGGAGCGUGACCCAGCCAAGCGCUUGGGUAGCGGUGACACAGAUGCUGAAGAGGUCAAGACCCACAAGUUCUUCAAAACGAUCAAUUUUGAUGCCCUUGAUCGCCGCGAAAUUCCCCCUCCCUGGAAACCCCAUUUGGCUAGUGAUCUCGAUCUUUCCAACAUCGAUCAAGAAUUCGUCAAUGAGCCUGUACCGGGUUCUGUUGUCAACCAUCAAUCGCACUCCGUCGCCGCUGCUCAUGCUCUGAAUUCUCGUGCGCAGGUGGAGAACUUGAUCAGCGUCCGCGUCAGCGAGGCGGAUGUCUUCCAAGGCUUUUCGUAUGCAGGGGAUGACACCCUUGCUGGCAUUGCCAGCUGA